CUGUGGCCACCCCCCAACUUUCGCAGACUUGGGGGCAUGUGCUCCCAGCCACUUUGUCAAGCCCUCUCUUCAGGGCUUUUCCUUAGCCGCAGACCCUCGGACUUAUAAUAAUAUUAUUUUCACGACCGCCACAGGUCCCAGUGAGUGAGCAUCUACCAUGGAAACCUGACCCCGCCUAGUCCUCUAGUAACCCAGGGAUUUGGCACCCUCUUUUGCAGAUGAAGAAACUGAGGCUUAUGGAAAGAAGCUGGGCUAACAUUUAACCCUGGGCCGCCUGACUACAAAAGCAGGGUCCUCUCAGUUGAGCGAUUCGCCAGGGUGGGGGUGCCCACCCCCAACCAGCUGCUCCGGGAGUCCCUUCCAUUUGCUUCCACAAGGCUGCAGCUAGUGGGUGCCUGUUUGGGGUGGGGGGCUGGGCAGGAGGUUUGGGCAGGAGGGUCUGAGGCAGUGAGUCCGGGCCAAGGCGUGGUGCUCCUCCCUCACGGCCGCAGAGGGAUGAGCCCCCCACGUCCCUCUGUAACUGUCACAGCGUCACCCCCGCCUCCCCGCACUCACAGCUCUGGGAAAGGGGGGCCCUAAGGAAAGUCACCCACAGCCACACAUACCAACCAGACCCCCCAGGCCCCCACAAAGCCACAGGUGCACAGAAAUACUUAGACUCGGGAGCACGCAGCUGUACGGGGCAUACACGCACCCCCAGACAGGGCCGGCUGCGCACUCACAGGCCCUCCACACGGGCAUGUGCUCACACUCCCACCCACGCAGACCGGUCACUAGCAGAGUGACUCGCAGGUGCGGGCGCGCGUGCCGUGCGGAGACCUUCUGGAGGGAAGCCACCUGGGGCUCCUGGGACCUGUCUGCUCGGGCCCUGCCUCAGGGGUGGGGGCUGUGGAGGUACUCUGCGCUGGCCCCCCGCAGCCAGGACGCCCCUGACCCUGCCUGGAGUGACACACGUCUAGAGGUCCCUUGGUGAGGUGUAGUGAAGGCCAUCAGGACGAAGCAGCGAUGCUGAGAGGGUCCUAAGGGUCCCGGGAAGCGCCAUCCAGGCUAUGAGUAUCAAGACAGCAUUGCCCGCGGCGGAGCUGGGCCUAUACUCCCUGGUGCUGAGUGGGGCUCUGGCCUAUGCUGGUCGGGGUCUCCUUGAAGCUUCACAAGAUGGGGCCCACAGGAAGGCUUUCCGGGAAUCUGUGAGACCUGGCUGGGAGUACAUUGGCCGGAAGAUGGACGUGGCUGACUUCGAGUGGGUGAUGUGGUUCACCUCCUUCCGAAACAUCAUCGUCUUCGCCCUCUCUGGACAUGUGCUGUUUGCUAAACUCUGCACGAUGGUUGCCCCCCAGCUCCGCUCCUGGAUGUAUGCUGUGUAUGGGGCCCUGGCUGUGCUGGGCACGAUGGGCCCUUGGUACCUGGGGCUGCUGCUUGGCCACUGUGUCAGCCUCUAUGUGGCCUCACUUUUGGGCCAGCCCUGGCUCUGUCUUGGCCUCGGCCUGGCCAGCCUUGCCUCCUUCAAGCUGGAUCCCCUCAUCUCCUGGCAGAGCGGGUUUGUAACAGGCACUUUUGAUCUUCAAGAGGUGCUGUUUCAUGGGGGCAGCGGUUUCACCGUGCUGCGUUGUACCAGCUUUGCGCUGGAGAGCUGUGCCCACCCUGACCGCCGCUACUCCCUAGCUGACCUGCUCAAGUACAACUUCUACCUGCCUUUCUUCUUCUUCGGGCCCAUCAUGACCUUUGAUCGCUUCCACGCCCAGAUGAGCCAGGUGGAGCCGGUGAGGCGCGAGGGUGAGCUGUGGCGCAUCCGGGCCCAGGGCGGCCUCAGCGUCGUGGCCAUCAUGGCCGUGGACAUCUUCUUCCACUUCUUCUACAUCCUCACCAUCCCCAGUGACCUCAAGUUUGCCAACCGCCUCCCGGAGAGCGCCCUCGCUGGCCUAGCCUACUCAAACCUGGUGUACGACUGGGUGAAGGCGGCCGUCCUCUUCGGCGUGGUCAACACAGUGGCGCGCCUUGACCACUUGGACCCUCCCCAGCCUCCUAAGUGCAUCACCGCUCUCUAUGUCUUCGCCGAAACGCACUUUGACCGUGGCAUCAACGACUGGCUUUGCAAGUAUGUGUAUGACCACAUUGGUGGGGAGCACUCUGAGGUGAUUCCGGAGCUGGGGGCCACCGUGGCCACCUUUGCCAUCACUACUCUGUGGCUUGGACCUUGUGAUACUGUUUACCUGUGGUCAUUCCUUAACUGCUUUGGCCUCAACUUUGAACUCUGGGUGCAGAAGCUGGCCGAGUGGGGGCCCCUAGCACAAAUUGAGGUGAGUGGGGAAGGCCUGGGGCAGGGGUUGGCUGGGUCGCUGGAGGGGGUGCACUGCUGCUCUCUGGAGUCUUCCAGCCACACCUGGCCCCCAGUCCGGAACUUUCUCACCACAACUUCCUGGCUGUCAAGGCAGUGGCUCCCCCUCUUGGUAUCCAGCACCCCCUUUUGUGGAGUGUGGACACCUGGGCCAGGCUGUGAUGGUCAGGCCCUCCCCUCUCUCUGGUCCUCAGUAUUCCCAUCUUUAACAACAAGGGAGGGCUGCCCUGGGGACUCUCAGAGACCCAAGCACAUCCCCAGGACCUGGGGGAGCCCUGUGGGCAGGACCUCUGACCAACUGUGUCCUCUUUCCCCUUGACCUCUUGCCCCACUGCCAAUGUUUUCCUGGACUGGGCAGGCCUCUCUGUCGGAGCAGAUGUCUCGCAGGGUCCGGGCCCUCUUUGGGGCCAUGAACUUCUGGGCCA